UCAUCCCGUUAUAUCUCUCCUCUCCUUCACGUUACCACCCAGCAAACUCCUUCCUCACUCCAUAACCAUGGAAGCUCUUUCUCUCUCCUCUGCAAAGUUCGCUCUCAACUCUACUCACCUUCGCCCUCAAUACUUCCGCUUUCUUUCUCUCUCCUCACCCCCACUCUAUUACAGAUUAAAAUCCCCUCCUUCAAUUUCCAGAAUUUCCCCAAAUUUCCCCUCUUUCUCUCUCAUCAAAUGUUGCAGCUCCUUCACUGCAAAACCCUCGUCGGAGCUCCGAAAACUUAAACAAGUAAAUUCAACUGGUGAUGCGAAGCUUCGAGAAUUGCGGGAGCAAUUCACUAAACCUGGCGUUGGUAUCGAUGCUUAUAUCAUCCCUUCUCAAGACGCUCACCAGAGUGAAUUUAUUGCUGAGUGUUUUAUGCGAAGAGCCUACAUUUCUGGGUUUACUGGGAGUGCUGGCACUGCUGUUGUCACAAAAGAUAAAGCAGCAUUGUGGACAGAUGGGCGGUAUUUUCUGCAGGCUGAAAAGCAACUGAGCUCUGAUUGGAUACUCAUGCGCGCCGGUAAUAUGGGUGUUCCCACUAUGUCUGAGUGGCUUGAUGAUGUGCUUACACCUGGCUCCAGAGUUGGCAUUGAUCCUUUCCUCUUUUCCUUUGAUGCUGCUGAAGAACUCAGAGAUGAUAUCUCAAAGAAAAACCAUGAGUUAGUUCUUCUGUCCAAGACCAAUCUUGUAGAUGAAAUUUGGAAGGAAUCAAGGCCAAAACCUCCAAGCAAACCUGUGAGGUUGCAUGAGUUGAAGUAUGCUGGAGUAGAUGUGUCUUGGAAGUUAUCUUGGUUGAGAUCCCAGCUUGCAAAUGAUGAUUGCUCCGCUAUAGUGAUUACCAGGCUUGAUGAAAUUGCAUGGUUGCUCAAUUUGAGAGGAAGUGAUAUUCCUAAUUCUCCUGUUUUGUAUGCAUACUUGGUUGUGGAGACUGAUCAGGCCAAGCUAUUCAUUGAUGAAUCUAAAAUCACAUCAGAAGUGAUGGACUACUUGCAGAAUGCUGGUGUAGAGUUAAGACCUUAUGAUUCAAUCUUGAAGGCAGUUGAGAAUUUGGCAGUUGAUGGGGCUCACCUUUUGAUCGACACAGCAACUGUUAAUGCUGCUAUUGUCAACACUUUUAAGCUGGCUGCUAAAAACUUUGACAAAAAGGAGCGUAAGUCUAAGUUAUAUGGUAGCUCAAAUGGUGGAUUUGAAAGAGCAACUGCUGUGCAUAGGAGUUCCCCUAUUUCCAUUGCUAAGGCAUUGAAAAAUGACGCUGAAGUAGAAGGAAUGCGCAAUUCUCAUUUAAGGGAUGCAGCUGCACUAGCACAAUUCUGGUCUUGGCUGGAAACUGAAAUUCACAAAGGUGCGACAUUGACAGAGGUGGAAGUGGCAGACAAACUCCUUGAGUUUCGUUCCAAGCAAGAUGGUUUUGUCGAUACAAGCUUCGAUACUAUAAGUGGUUCGGGUCCAAAUGGUGCAAUCAUACAUUACAAACCAGAACCAGAAUGUUGCAGCAUUGUGGAUCCUGAAAAACUUUUCUUGCUCGACAGUGGAGCACAAUAUAUUGAUGGUACAACUGACAUAACAAGGACAGUGCAUUUUCGUGAGCCUACCCCUCGAGAAAAAGAAUGCUUCACCCGUGUUUUGCAGGGCCAUAUAGCUCUUGAUCAGGCUGUAUUCCCUGAAAAUACACCUGGCUUUGUAUUGGAUGCCUUUGCGCGGUCAUCUCUUUGGAAAGCUGGUCUUGAUUAUCGCCAUGGGACAGGCCAUGGUGUAGGAGCUGCACUAAAUGUUCAUGAAGGCCCUCAAAGUAUUAGUUUUCGAUUUGGAAAUUUGACACCCUUGCAGAAAGGCAUGAUUGUUAGCAAUGAACCUGGGUAUUAUGAAGAUCAUGCAUUUGGCAUUCGCAUUGAGAACCUCCUUUUUGUGAAAGAAAUUGCUACACCAAACCGCUUUGGAGGUGUCGGGUAUCUUGGAUUUGAGAAGCUUACCUUUGCUCCUAUUCAGAGUAAAUUGAUUGAUUUGUCUUUGUUUUCUGCUGCGGAAGUCGAUUGGCUUGAUGAUUAUCAUGAACAAGUUUGGCAAAAGGUGUCCCCUUUGCUAGAUGGUUCAGCCCGUCAAUGGCUGUGGGAAAAUACAAGACCUCUUAUCAAACACAGUUAGCUUAUUGCGACGCUUUGUUCUCGUGGCACAUACAGUACUAUACAGUAUACACUGGUUUGUACAUAAUGCUUGAUGGGUACAACAUGAUCUGCGCUUUGGCUCACAGAAAUACUGUAAUUUGUACAGAUGCUGCACUAAUUAUUUGUGACUAUUUGUGAUGAGAUUUAUGUUUUAUUGAUGUAUUUUAGUUACUAA